UAUUAACAGCAGGAAGUUACAUUAAAGAAAGAGCAAGAGCACAAAAGAAAAUAAGAAAAUCAAUUGUCAAGAGUAUUGGGUAAUGAGUAGGUGCGAGUUGUGGAAAUAAGUUGGGAAUGUGACUCGAAUUCGAAUCAGAUCAUCUGCAGUGCAGCAAUGGCAACCCUGAUGUAUCACAUGUUCUCCUCGUCUGCACUGCUAUCACUCGGACUCUACCACCUCAUUUCCACCACCCGAAACCACCACCUCAAAUCUCCUCGCGGUGACUACACCGCCAAACCCUACCACCCCAUCUCCGCCUUCUCCUCCCGUCUCCGCCACCUCCCUUUAUAUCUCCUCCUCCUCUGCCUCCUCAUCUCCUUAAUCCACCAAUCCUUUAUCUCUUUCGACGCCGAUCCUCUCCUCAAAGGCCGCACUCCUGUCCACCGCUUCACCUCUCUCCAAGCCGCCGCCGUCAUUUUCUCUUUCCUCCUCUUAACCCUCGCUAUCCUUAUCUCCGAGUCAACUUCGCUCCUCCCGCUCCCUCCCGAUCUCUUUUUUGCCCUAGCAUCGGCACUUUUCUACCUCCACUACUCCGUCUCCUCAAACUCCGCCUCUGUUCAGACCUCCGAUCUUCAAGCCAAGUGCGAUUCCGUUUCCGCUAACAUUUCCUUACUCUCCUCUCUUCUCUGUCUCCUCAUCGCCUUUCAACCCAGGCUCUUCCUCGCUGACGUGGCGCUCGCCGGUUCAAUAUGUCUACAGGGUCUGUGGGUACUACAGACGGGACUUUCGCUCUACGUUGAUGCUUUUAUACCUGAUGGUUGUCAUAAGCUGUUGGAUGUUGUGACUGGAGUUGAGGGAUCUACGAAGUGUGAUCUUGAAGAUUCUAAGCUCAGGGCUGUCGCUAUCCUCGAUUUGGUCUUUGUGCUCCAUGUGCUGUUUGUGUUGCUCGUCGUGAUUGUUACUUAUGCUGCUGUUGCUAAAACUGUUGGUAUCAGGAGAUUUGGCUCUUAUGAGGCACUGCCCAACCCCAGCACUGCCGACUCCAAUCAUAUACAGAUGAAGGCUUUGACCGGAACUCAGGCUUGAUCAUAUAUUUCUGCACUGCACUAGAGUGGUGGUCUCUUACACUUGAUGAAAACAUUUGCAGGAGAUUAGUAGAAGAUGAGCUCCAUGAUCGACACAAGAACUCCAUAACAUAAGUAGGGCUCCAGGUAUCUCCGGUGAUUGACUGUAAGAGUUGAAAGGGCUUUACUACUGCGAAGCCAUGGUAUGGGAGAUGGGGGUAUUUUUGUCCAACUUUUAGUUACUUAUUACAAAGCGGCUAAACUUUAAAUAGCUAUUAAAUUCCGGCUUGGUUUUAAACUGUGGUCUUAAAAUAGGCUAUUUGUGCACUUCCCCCGACAAAUUCUUGGAUCAAGUGAUCAAGCCCUAACCCUUCUGUCCAAUAUUUCUUUGCUCGUAAUGAACUGCUUGUAGAUUCAAAUGAGAGGGAAAUAUUUUUUAAUUUCCUCUUACAUACUUGUACCUCCAUUUGAUUAUGACAUGUCUAACCCUUUAGUUCUACAGAUUCUUUAAUGGUUUCCUGUUUUACAUUGAGAUUAAAUAGAAACAGUAGUUGACCUUGGCCCUGA